CUGUACUGUAUUUCGGAUCGUCCCUCUGCCGGGACGGUGACCUCAGUGUGUCGCACUUAAACGUUCCCUACAUUUCUGGACUUUCUUUGCAAUCCUAUACCUGGUUCUAACUAUACUUUACCAUGUCUGGACCGAAUAAGCGUUUAAUAUAUACUCAGACGGAGUUGCAGCGUUUUGUUGCGCGAUCCUGCUCAAUGGAACCCCUUAGCUUGAUCACGCUCGCUCUCUGAUCGUAAGGGAAUGCCCUUCGACGCUUCUCUGGCGCUUUGGACCACGCUUUGGUUCGGGGGCCGCAUUCGGGAGCAAAUCGGAGCAGAGCGGAGCUUUCAAGCGGAGCAAAGGCGCGCGAAGCGUUGCGGACAAGGCGUUCGGCAAGUCGCUGAAAGCAAAAGGGCAUGCACAGCUGUGCGGGCGGGCUACUUGCUUGCCAUGCGGGUCCUGCUUGCCGUGCCUUCGUGUCUACCCGUCGCUUUACAGUUCACAGCUUUGUGCAAUACCUUUCCACAUCUUCCAUCGUGCCACCCCCACCUCCCCAAGACCCUCAGGACUUUUGGCGCGGUACUUCCCCUGUCUGCCUAUCCAGGCCGCAGGGCCCGCGUGCCCUUGGGGAAAGGGCGUGUGUGCCGUUGGGAUCCGGCCUGUGCGCCGCAAGCAACGGGCUUUGCGCCCUUGCCUUAUGGACAAUGGACGGCAUACGUGCCCUUAUGAUACGGCCUGUGUGCCGCAAGCAAUGGGCUCCGCGCCCUUGCUUUAUGGACAAUGGACGGCAUACGUGCCCUUAUGAUACGGCCUGUGCGCCGCAAGCAAUGGGCUCCGCGCCCUUGCUUUAUGGACAAUGGACGGCAUACGUGCCCUUAUGAUACGGCCUGUGUGCCGCAAGCAACGGGCUCCGCGCCCUUGCUUUAUGGACAAUGGACGGCAUACGUGCCCUUAUGAUACGGCCUGUGCGCCGCAAGCAACGGGCUCCUCGCCCUUGCUUUAUGGACAAUGGACGGCAUACGUGCCCUUAUGAUACGGCCUGUGCGCCGCAAGCAAUGGGCUCCGUGCCCUUGCUUUAUGGACAAUGGACGGCAUACGUGCCCCUAUGAUACGGCCUGUGCGCCGCAAGCAAUGGGCUCCGCGCCCUUGCUUCAUGGACAAUUUACGGCGUACGUGCCCUCAUGAUACAGCCUGUGCGCCGCAGGCAACGGGCAGCACUUUCGGCCACUAGUGCAACCUCAACACGGGCGGGCUGGGGCGGGCACGGCGGACUUGGUGGGGUUAUCGGGAGCUGCGAGGCCGGAGGUAGGAGGCCGCUGAGGGCCACGAAUGAGUUGCUAGGCCGCUUGAGGCAUGAGUGGAGGCUAUUGUCGGUUUGAGAGAUUGGGAUUGUCGUUUGGGGCCGUGGCGGUUUGUAACGCUACACGGCAGUAAGGAGUCAAUAAGCAGACAAGAAAGGCGGCUAUAGGGAAAACUGGGCUGAGCCCACGCCGCGUGUACCAGUCUUAGGGCGAAGGUUUAGAAAUGCAUACCGCUACGCAGUACCCCGGCUUGCCCCUCCCCCCUCAGGCGCUUGCGCCUGAGCCCGGUGUAAGAUGGCCAGCAA